GUGUGUUUUUUGGUGAAUGGAUCCUUUCACAAGAGAAAAAAAAAAAACUCGCACGCCAAUCGAUGCGUAACGUGCACGGUGCAUGUGGUUCGUGUUUGGGCCUAUUAGUCCGGCUUGUGAAGUUGGAAGCGAAAGAAGAGAAAGGCAAAUCGUGCAUCCUUUAUCGCACCAUUCCAGGGGCACGGUCAUUGCCGUAGCACGAUUGUGUUUGUGUGAGUGUCGAUGCGUGUCCUUUACACACACCUGUCCCCAUGUGCUUGAGCACACAGUACAGAAUAUCCUGCAGAACAGAACAGGCGAGAGUGGAAUUCUGCAGUCAGCCAAGACAGCCAACAAACACUUUGACAAAUGGCCUUCCACAGUUGCAAGAGUGUGCAGUAGGGCGCAGUAAGCUGUGCCUGCCCAUCCUAGCAACCAGUCAGCACGGGUCGGAAAAGUAAAAACAAACCUACUGUUACCUUGCACGGAAUUUACGCACACCCUACAUGAUGUAUGUGCUUGUGUGGUAAUGGUGGCGUUGGUGCAAAAAUUAAUCCGCGCUGUGUUUGUGUGUAAAAUUUGGUGAUUUCCCCCGUCGGGUGCCAGUCGGUCGGGUUUUGUCGUUUUUUUUUCGUCGUGUGCCGGUAGUGAGCCUUAUGAACCAACUAGUCGUCCUCCGCGUGCAGAGUGAAAAUCACAUUUGGAGCUGAAAAUUUCAUCCCCCGUGGCAGAAAACUUAAUUACCCUAACGUCGACCACCGUUCCGCCAGGCUAGGAUUUUCCUCUAGAUUCUACCGAGAUCAGUAGUGCAAUGCCGUGAAAGUGUGUAUGCUAUCCGUAGCUCCUGGUAUCAACAACAAACUUAUUGUUUGCGGGCGGAAACUUAACGGGUACUCUAGUUUGGAUUUAUUCGUUAUGCCUAUAACCGACAAACCGCGAUUAAAUCACUCACAAAAUGCCAAAAAAAUCCUACCAGCCACACCCAAUCCAUGGGUCGCCGGUGGUCCACCGGGCGGUAAGGACGCCGUGCUCGUGUUCCGUACCUACGCGCUUUCACCUGCGGCUUCGGAGAACGGGUCCGAUCUGUGCUCGGGCGGAAGUCCAUCAGUGACCCCCUCAUCGGAAACGACAGCGAGCCAAUAUCCGUCGGAGCCAGCUAACGCUAGCUCGUCCACUGCUCGGCUGGCCGAGUUAAAGCACGCACAAAAAUCAUCUUCCACUGCCCCCGAUUCGACACUGCCGAAAAGCUUUAACGUUCAGCGCAAAACACGCGGCAAGGCACCGAGCCGCAGCAGCACUACUGAGGACGACGACGAGGAAGAGGGCGAGGAGGGGGGUGAGGAGGGCGAAGAGGAUGACGAGGACGAGGAUGAGAUGGAACGGGCAGCAAGAGAGGAAGAUGCGCAGGACGAAGAUGAGGCAGACGAAGGUGAGGGGAACGAUGAUGAGGAGGACGGCGAUGAAACAGACGUCGGUACAACGUCACAGGAAGAAUCAAGCCCUGCCAAAGGGAAAGCUGGUAAAGUCGGUGCGGAAGUACCACGCACCAGCAAGUCCAAAAAGCGUCAGCUCGAAUCGUCAUCAUCCUCCAGCUCGCUCAGCAAUGCGUCCAUGUCCAGCGUGAAGGGUGGCUCGGGAGAUGAAAUCGACACGGAAAUGUCAACGUCCAAAUCGGAACCCGCGCUAGCGAUGGCGUCCAUGGACAAGAAAAUGGCCGCCCAUCGUAAGCACAAGGAGGACAACAAGGAGAAUCAGCAGUGCGCACCAACGAAAACGGAAAUGCCGGCGGCACAGUUAAACAUCUGCUACAAGUUCAUCAACACCGAGACGCGGCUGCUGAGAAAAAUUCUGAACGCGCACGGCAUGGCCGAAAGUGGUCCGGAGUGCAAUGACUUUAAUCUGCUGUGGACGGGCAUCCAUCUGAAGCCGGACAUUUUGCGCAAUUUAGCUCCGUAUCAGCGAGUGAACCAUUUCCCUAGGUCAUACGAGCUGACACGCAAAGAUCGGCUUUACAAAAACAUCGAGCGAAUGCAGCAUCUGCGGGGCUACAAGCACUUCGACAUUGUACCACAGUCGUUCCUACUGCCACAGGACUAUAAGGAACUGAUAGCGGCGCACAACAAAUGUCGGGGACCGUGGAUCGUAAAACCGGUUGCCUCUAGCCGAGGACGCGGUAUAUUCAUUGUCAAUUCGCCGGAUCAGAUUUCAUCGUUCGAGCAGGUCGUGGUGGCAAAGUACAUCUCCGAUCCGCUCUGCAUCGAUGGGCAUAAGUGUGACAUCCGGAUCUACGUUGCCGUGACCUCGUUCGAUCCGCUCAUCAUCUACAUCUACGAGGAGGGUCUGGUCCGGCUGGCCACCGUCAAGUACGACCGGACGGCGGAAAACCUUUGGAACCCGUGCAUGCAUCUGUGCAACUACAGCAUCAACAAGUACCACACCGAUUACAUCCGGUCGAGCAAUGCCGGCGAGGAGGACGUCGGGCACAAGUGGACGCUGAGUGCGCUGUUGAGGCACCUCCGCAGCCAGGGUUGCAACACCGAGCAGCUGAUGCUCGCGAUUGAGGAUUUGAUCAUUAAGGCGAUCUUCUCCUGCACGCAGCCAAUCGUGUCCGCCUGCCGGAUGUUUGUGCCGCACAUCGGUAACUGUUUCGAGCUGUACGGCUUCGACAUCCUGAUCGACGAUAUGCUGAAACCGUGGCUGCUGGAGGUGAACCUCUCGCCGUCACUCGGCUGUGAUACACCGCUCGACACGAAGGUGAAGGCGUCGAUGCUGACCGAUCUGCUCACGAUGGUGGGCAUACCGGCCAUUAGCCCGCUGCAGAAGGCGUGCUACGAUAGCAAGGGUCAGAAGAUACGCAACCUAACGACACCGUACCGGCGCGUAAACUCGGCCGACUUUGUGCACACCAGUGGACGGAAGGAAACCGCUGGGAAGGAUGGCAGCAACCAGCAACAGGGCAAGGGAGAUGCCGGUGGCAAUAAGCUGCAGACCACGCUGAGUGCACUGACGGCCGAGGAACUGAAGAUUGUACGCUUCGCACGGUCACAGUACGAACGACGGGGUGGGUUUGUGAGAAUUUUCCCCACCAGCGACAGUAUGACCCGGUACGGAUCGCUGCUGGAUCCAAUCACGGGCAUUCCCACGUCAGCCAUCACCUCUUCGAGCAGUGGCACCUACCUGAUGAUUAUACCGCACAACUACAAUCAGAUGUUACACUCGCAGCUAUUCCCUGCCGGCAGUGAGACGGAGAAUCGCAUUGUGCACCGCAUCCAGAAGUACGAGCGUGCGCUGGAAAGCUCACUGCCAAUAACGAUCGGUCCGAAGCAUACCGCACCGAAGUGUGUGGAUGAGGCGAAGCGGCUCCGGUUGCAGGUACGCAAGCUGAUCGAAAAUGGGCACGAGAUGAGCAUUCUGCAGGCUCGGCGUGCCUUCGGCUACUAUCUGGAGUACAUCCUGAAGCGCCUGUCGUCGGAACCGAAGCACAGCCACGAGGAGCUGAUCAUGAAGUUCCUGUACCGUGUCGGGGCCCACAUGAAGACGCCCUUCUUCUUCCGGAACUUUGGCAACAAGGCGCUCGGCAAGGAUCGGGGUGCGAUGGUCGCCAAACAGCUCGGCGACUACUUGCAUCUGUACAACAAGGAGACGGAAUCGUACGUGGAUGUGUUUGACAUUGUGGGCAUGCUGCCGAUCAAGCUGUUCGACGAGUUUCUGAUGCAAGCGAGCGAGGCGGACCUUGAGUCCGUGCUGACGCUGCACACAAAUCUGACGCAACAGAUGCCCUUCCUGUACAGUGGCUGCUCGACCAGUAUUCCGCCGGCGCCCCCGAUACCGGUCGGUGCGAACGGUUUUCUAAAGGCCCUGCCGAGCAUGGCACCGGGCGGCGCCAACAAGGAGCUGAUACGAUUGGAUCCGUUCUAUCGGCGGGUGGAGAGCCGGUUACCGCUCGGGGCACGCGUAAGCGGAUUGUCCGAGGCACGCGGUGGUGGGGUGGGAGAGUCGAAAAGUUCCGCCCGGCUGCUUUCACCGAUGAAAAAGAAACCUCCGAUCGGCAGUAUGGUGAAAUCGUCCCGCGAGCGUGAACAGCGCUCCAACUGGCUUUAUUAAGCGUGAAGGAGCGAGCGGUUUUGUUUUAGCGAUGGUAGCAUGUAAGAAUACUAUUUAUUUGUUAGAUUUUCUGUUUAGUCGAAUCUGGCGUGUGGCGUUUUGGUUUUUCUGUGUAGGUAGCGUACCGUGUCCUAAAUGUUAGUGUUGUGUUAAAAUUUCUGUUAAAUUAUUUUCCCGCUUGUGUUUAAUGAUUUCCCCCGUCCCAACGUUAUGCUUGUGUGUGUACAGUGAGGUAUGUUUUUUUAUGAGAUUAGUUUAAAUAGAGUGAAAGUAUAUCCUUUCGUCAACACACGCACACACUCACAUUGUUAUAAGUGAAAAGAAACUCUCGGUUUUUGAAUUGUUCGUGUAAGGGCGAUAAGGCGACUCUUAAGCAAAGUUUCCUAGCAAGAGUAACUUAAGGUGCAACGGAUAAAAAUGGAUCGUUUAAAAAGAAGGAUAAAGAUUGCGGUUUGAGAACGGGAUUUUGUUUUUAGUUAAGAAUCUUUUUUUCCGUACAGAGAAUAUAAUUAAACUUAUUCGGUUGCGUUACGCAUAACAGCAAUAGAACCAUACGCUCUGACAGACAGCCAUACCAAAAAUCGUAAAGAAAUCGUUGCACCAGCUACCGUGGAAGGCACGUGCUAGGUUGGCAACGCUAUUAAAUCCGAAUCUUAAUCGUCUAGUCAUGUAUUCCAAAAAAAAGCAUACAAAAAACGUUCUAAAAUUUGCCGCUUUGUGAUUGAAAAGUAACGCACCAAAACGCACACGAAACGAAACUCCGGAAAAAAGGAACUACUAAUUACAACCCGUCAGCUUCGAUUGUGAUAUACGAGUUCGUGUCGUAGAAUACUCAAAUGCUGCGUAACGUGUUCCCUUAAAUUACUCGGUGCUCGAGGCGAUACCGGGUUUUUGGAAGUUGAUAAUGUAAAGGCAUCGAUCUCUUUUUGUAGGCUCCUUAGAUGAAAUGGUGAACAAAGCUAGUUGGCAUGGGAACGGCUUCUCGAGCCGUCAUCAUUAAUCUCGAGCCGUUUCAUCUAAGGAAUCUACAAAAACAGAUCGUUGCUUUAUAAACUGAACUACACUGUAAAAUGGACAGCAGCAUCGCAAACAAUACAAACUAUUGCAACAAACAAGCAAAAAAAAAACAAGGUUUAAGUAGGGUACUUUUAAGCAAAUCGAAUCAUAAUCCGUCAAGUAUGAAAUGAAAUCAAGUGCUUUUUCUCCGUAUCCCGUCACGCGCGCACAAUAACGUGUUUUAAUGUGUGUUUUAAGAAAAGCUGCUGCUACGUCAAUACAAAUUAAUGGCAAGGCAACUAACAAAAAACUAAUGCAACGAUUGUGAGGCCAGUUAAAAGGUUGAUCUUUUAGCAAAACAAAAACGAAAAAAAGACAGCAGGAAAUACAAUAUUUACUAAGCAACAGGUAGUUUCGUAUACAUUUUUGGCAGCAGAGAGAGUGAGAGAGAGAGAGGACGAGUCAAGUAAUUAUAAAGCAAAUGGGUGUUUAAAAGCGUGAUUUUUUCUUCUUCCGUUAUCCAUUUUCACUUGUAUAGCUGCAUUGCAUUGCUUAUUACAAAAAGGGUAGAAGUGCAACCUCUCUUAAUGCCUUUUUGCAGCAGUUAGAAUGCGCUGAAAAAAAAAAGUUGGAGAUUGGAAUUUCGUUUUAAAGUUUCCAAAAAGUUAUAAGCUUUGCUUCUUUAGCACGAAAUAAAUUAAAUCGAGCAAAUGUGAAGGACACUGGCAGACAUUCGCUAACAAGUUUCGCAAUUUUUCCAGCCAGUCACUGUUUUGUCAGUGCGAGUGAUUAAGAAUAGUACACACCAAUAGAGAUUAAACAAAACAAAAAAACUCCAAACACGAAAACAGUUAACUAACACAGAAAGGGAAUCGCACCGUGCGUGGUUUACCGAAUUUACAAUCAUAUAAUGCAAUACAAUUAUAAGCGCAACAUAAGCGUUCUGGGCUUCUGGCACGGUAAAGUUAAGGGACAAAUAGGUACAUGCAAACGUAACGCACAAACUAUGUUGCCCUUUUGGAAGGAAAACAUUGCUUAAUGGAACACACACAAAAAAAAUUGCACAAAACAGUUUGCCGUUUUUUAAAACAGAUGCCGCAGUUCGUGAGCCUAAAGCAAUAGUAGUGCGGUGCACAGAGAAUGAGAGAUGCAGAUGGUCAGGAACUAGGAGGGCGAUGCUACAAUUGUAAGAUACCACGUGAUCAAGGAACGUGAUUUUGAUUUUUGGUUUAAUGUUUUCUUUAUUAUUACCGCUCGUAUCACGUUCUUCACAGCUUGCGCCAUGUUGAACCGAAGGCAGGCAGUUGGUGUGUGGUGAUGAUCGGAUGAUCUCCGUUCGCAUGAAACGAUGUGGAGAGAAGGAGGUAUGAUUACAAAUAUAAAACAAGAGUAGGGCUUUUUUUCCUUACAAAAAUACGGAACGAAAAUUUUCGAGAUUGAUGCAAUAGUGUAUACCAACCAAUACCAAGCUUUGGUGCAAAGUGAUUGGAAGGAUUGCGGAAAAGGAUCUGCAUCCGUUAUUUCAUUCCUAUCAACGAUAAAGGCAACCUCUCUGUAGAUCGUUUUACCGAACAACAUACCUUAUUAUGAAAGUCCAAUUCCUUAACAAUUUGCAAAAAAAAAAAA